CAUUUAAACAAAAGUGCCGAAAAGUACUACUUUUCAACACUUGCGUUGAGAAGUAGCACUUUUUGGCACUUUUGCCAAAGCUGAAAAAAAAAAACUUUUUGCAACUCGUCACACAAUAAACUAUUAUUCAUCUACCAUAGGACAACAAAACGAGUGCUCAAAGAACACAAAGCAGCGUUCCUCCCACCUGAAGUUUUGCAUCAAAUGUGAGAAAGGCUGCUUAGUUAAUCUUGAUUUUGAAAAAUCAAGCUGAGUAUAAUUAUAAAGUUCUGCUUGAUCAAAUCACAUUGGGUGGUCAACCAUGCUACAAUGAAUGGAAUAUCAUCAUCAUCGUCAAAUGCAAGAAAGGCUGCUUAGCUUAGUGUUCUUUGAACCCAUUUUCUGUGGGACACCCUAUUAACUUGGGACAACUAUGCUGCCCACGGCAAAACACAGUGACUAACCUCAACAACAACCGGAGAUCAUUAAAUUAUUUGAUUUUUAACUUUUUUCAGCAAAAGUGAACCAAUUGAAGCUAUAACUAUAGAAGCGGCAAUAAAUCAUGGAUUAUACUGUCACGCGGAAACAUUGGGCGAACUUUGUUUCACAGCCCGAAAACAGUUUGAAAUUGAAACGGAACUUGAGAUGGUGGAGAAAGCAGCACAAAUAAUCAGAUAUGAUAUCCAACAAACACCAAACGCGGCAUUUACAAUUUCUGGAGCAGAUACAUUGUCAGCAGUGUUGAAAUCAAACCUUACUAUAAUCGAUCGUUUGCUACAAUCACCCUAUAGAAAACCAUUUCAAGACCAACUUUACAUCUGGGAGAAAGAUUUAAAUUUUAUAAAUGAUUUGCUCGAAUCCUUAAUAUUGAUAAGUGAUGAAAACCGUAUACUUUACGAAAUUUCAAAAAUAAUAUCGUCAUCAUCGAAACUAAGUGAUUUUAACAAAACAUUCAAUGGAUGCUAUGAGAAGUGGACUGAUCUGAUUAAAUUUCUUCAAAAAGCAAGCCUGAAAAUAGACAUUUGUCCUCACGGUAGUUCAUUCCUGAGAGACGUUGAACUUCUGCGGAAAAAUUUUCUAGAAAUAUCAUCAAACCUAAAAGAAAUAUUAGAUUAUCAUAGGAGCAUUUGCAGCCGUUUAUCUCUACUACCAAAUCAACAACUUAUCCAAAUGAUUGCAUUUCCAUCUGAUGGCGAGCUGAUUAUGAAAGCUAUGGUACACAUGUUUGAAAAUAUCAAAAACGUGAACAUAAGACAACUUGACUUGCCGCAAAAAUAUGGAAAUGUAUGGGAAAUCGAUAGAAUUAAUACAAUCGACGAAGAAAGUAUUGUAUUAAAUAAAUCCGUGCUUAUUGAACCUGGACUUGAUAUAAGCAGCAUAAUAAACAGUUUGGAAUCGUCAUUGUUUGAUUCGGUCAAAAACUCACUUCACAAGUGUCUAACAUAUUUGAAACAAAACUAUUUCAAUCGAAUCGAAAGUGGAUGGCUGCUUCGGUGGACAUUACAAGUUUUAAUUAAAAGCACUCAAAUUGAAAAUACUCAUCAUACAAGAAACGCAUUAGUUCAAACGAGCUUAUUGGGGAAAUUCAAGCCGCUCAAAAUGCUUAAAGCGAUGCAUGGCAAGCUAUUGAAAGAUAUGUUGGCAACAAAUCAAAACUUGCAAAUACAGAAAGAGUCUUUCUUAUUCAGAAAAAAGUUAGAAAGCCUGCUGAUAGUUGAAAUCAAUACACGAGAUGUAACUGAAACGCUAAUCAAAGCAAAGGUAUUAAGUUUAUACGCUUUCGAAUGGAUAUCUCAAAUUCGUUCGUACUGGAAUGAAGAAACAAAAAUCUGUUCAGUGCUUCAAUUGAACAGCGAGUUCACCUAUGGAUACGAGCUGAAAAAAUGCGAUGAACCAAUAUUUAUCACUCCUCAGACGAACCGUAUGAUGAUGACAAUAACAAGCAUAAUAAAAUCCAAGUACAUUCCUCAACUCAACGAUAGCAAUACAGAUCAUGGACAUAAUCUACUGAAGCAAUUGGCAAUCGAAAUAGCAACACUAUUUGUAACACUUUGCUGUAGCUCCACUUGGAACAUUACUGAUAUCACUAGAUAUAUUGAUGGUGUAAUGAAACUUCAAGCAUGGAUUUGCUUCAGAAAUAUUGAUGAGCUUUCGUCACAAGUUCGAAGUUCAAUCAAUGAUACCAUAAGACAGGUGUUUGUACAAAAAUCUAAGCGAACAACUCUGAAUUUAAAAAGCGCCAAAUCCAUGAAUAAUUUCCACAUUUUUACAAUUUCCCAAAAAAAUGUCAGCCCGGUACCUGCACUUGAAAGAUCAAUCAUGAGACCUAUCAGUAUCAGUGUUCCAGAUCAAGCCAUUAUUUUUGAAAACUUGCUAUACUUGUGUGGUUAUGAGCAUUAUAAGAAAAUUACGUCUAUGAUAGUUAUUUUCCAUGAAUAUAUACGAUGCUCGAUUUCAUCCCAAAGCCGAUUGUGGACAUUCCAUCGAAUGCAGAAAGCUAUUCUGAAAUUCAGGAGAUCAAGGGUUGAAGAAAAAAUCCCGGAAAUGGUUCAACUAGGAUGCGCGCUACAGGUAAGAUAACUUGUUUAUUUAUUUUACACAUAACAAUUUUGAACUACAUAUGUAAAUGGGGGUUUACUGGCCUCCUCCAGAAUAACCUAUUCCGGAAAAAAAAUCACGAGGUUAAGCGAUAACUAACUACCUUUGGAGCAGAAUCUAGAGUAUGAAAAAUCAAAAUCGACAUGGCUUUGAUUCCCUAGACCUAGUUACGUUUAUGAUCAUACUGGAAAAUAUUCUUUUACAUAUAAAGUGCCACGAAUGAAAAAUUGUCAAUUAAAGCAAUAAAAAAUCCAGAAAUUCAUAAACCGUGCCAUUGAAUGUCUAAAUUUUUGAUCAAAAUUCAUAAGAAAAAUGGGAAAUGAUCCCUAAAAAUCAAAAAUUGAUCAAUAGAAAAUAGAAAACGAAAAAAUGAUCCAUAAUAUAUAGGAAAUGAUCAAAUAAAAAAUGAUACAAUAAACCCCCCCUACAUGCAUUUUUAAACACCAAUCGGUCCAGUAGUUUCCAAAUCUAUAAAGGUUUGAUAGACAGACAGAUAAACAAAUUCAUUUAUAUAAAUAGAUUGAUAGAUAGGUUUGCUAUUUUUUAUAGAUAAUUCAUGACGUGAUUUAUGAAAUUCCAAACGAUUGCUUUAUGGUUUUCUGGUAUGGAUUGAAUUUGCUUCAAAUCUGGCGUUUGUUUUGUUCCAAAGAGUUGUAUUUUUGUGGCCUGAACAAAUUCACAAUUAGUUUGAGUUUACCUCAAAUAUUGUUGAUUUACUAAAUUUUUUUCUGUGUAAAUGUGAUCAAAUUUAACUUUUCACGUACAACAAUGACCUAGCCAAGUAUAUAUACGUUUACAUCAUUAUUGAUCUCAUUAUUGUUAACAAAUGUUUAAUGCAACUAUAUUUUCAGGAUGAAU